AUGGAAACCACUCGGUCGGGAAGAAAACGAAAGAGCUCUCUCUUAAACCCAAAUCAUUCUCCAGUCUCACAUCGAACUAGACAGAGCCUGGCAGCGGUCGCAGCAGAUGCUGGUCCCAGUCCACCAGAAUCAGUCUCUGUCACACCCAAGAGAUCCAGAAAGAAAGUUCGGUUUUCCGACCCCGGACCUCGUUUGCUGCAUGAUGCAGACGUCAGCUCGACCGGUCUGACCCCGGCGAUGCGUCGUACAUCGUUCGAAUCAAGGUCCGGGGACCGCACACCUAACCGCAAGGCCCGACGCAGGUCUACACCAACGCCACGUUUCCAGCGCCUGUAUGACCCAGAGGAGCCAUUUGAUGAGACAUGCACCGAGCGAAGAGUUCAAUUCACUCCGCUGCGCCAAAUCCUGGAUACGCGUACGCAGAGGAGGAUUCGACGAAUUGGAUUGAGCGAUGAAGUCAAUGACAUUGAGCGCGAAAAGCGUGAGGCGAGCAACAUGGAGAAAACCUUGCGAGCAUUGCUUCAGGAGCGAGAUUCCCUAAGAAUCGAACUAAGUGCGAUGAAGCAGAGCGGCACAGCAUUGGAAGAUCAAAACUCGCUCGCUGAAUCUUACUGGAUGACACCCGCAACACCCAGAUCCUGCGAGGAUGUAUCAGUAGCUUCCAGUGACAGGCUGCAAAGUGUUGCACCCUCAUUGGACAGCAAUGAAGAUACCUUCACAUUCAACGACAGUGCCGUCAUUGUAUCUAGCUCUCCCGAUCUUCGUGGUAAUCAGGGUCGUAACCCUCCAAUCACCGCCAGCUUGAUGGUAUGCGACGAACCCCAAACACCCGUUUCCAGCACUGGGACGCGGGAUUCAAAUGGUACGGAUCAAGCCGAGGUCCACUCUCUGACCCUUGAUCUGGAGGCUGCCAGGCGAGAAAAGAGAAACCUAUUCGAUGCAUGUCGGUCGCGCAUCUCUGGGUUCAACCAACCUGGAAUAAAUCACCUCUUCCGUCAUUCGUCUCCUCCCUCAGAUUUCUUCGAUGACAUUCUAGGCCUUCUAGAAAACGCCCUGUCUCGUGCUUCAGAUGCCACUGAGGUCCUUGAAAGAGUCACUCAGGAGUGCUCUAACCUGGGAUUCUCCGGAGACAGCAUCAUUGAGGUGAUAUCUGAUAUGCGCAGCCACUUCCGUACAGCACGUCUUGAGCUUGAGCGUGCUCUUCCUGGAGAAACUGCCAAUACCAGCCUCGAGAACGGCAAAGCAACCCUAGGUGCACUAGUCAGGCGCGUCGAGUCAUUGGCAAAAGAGCUGGACACAGAGCGUAACUACCACCACGGCUCGCUCGAUCGUGAAAGGGCUCUGCGAGGGCAAUUUGACGCUUUACUGCAUCGAUAUGAGACAACUGCCAGCAAAAUCGAAACCCUCGAGAAUACGAUUACAUCUUCUGCGGGCGAUAUGCUCCACACACGGAUGCGAAUGCAAGACCUCGAGCGUGAAGGUCACGAACAGGCAGUCGGGAUUGAUAGAUUGAACACAGCCCUUGACAAGUAUCGUGAUGAAGUGAAGGGUCUCGAAAACCUCGUCAACAAUUAUGAAAAGGAGAAUUCUGCUAUGAAAGAGGACUACGCCCGGCAAAUAUCCAAACUCAGAAAGCAAGUGGCACAUGAACGUUCAAAGCGAUGUUCGGCCGAAGCCUCUGCUUCUGAAGCUGAUACCCGCAUUCGGGAGUUGGAGGAAGCAGUCCAGCACAACCGGACACGGGCUUGCGACUUGAUCGCUCAGGUGGAGCUCCUUGAAAAGGAACGUCAAAGAGCGAUGGAGAUUCUUGAUCAAUACAACAGUGAGCUUCGAGGCCACGAAGAAGAAACUGGGACACUGAAUGUUCGCAUCGGCGACCUCACCACUUCAUUGGAUGACGCGAAAUGUGAGGUGCAACGUCUUCAGCUACUCAAUAAGGGUCUUGAGCAGGAGCUCCAACUGGAAAAUGAAGCUCGCAAUGAGCUUCUGGACAAGUGGGCUGCAGAUCAGGCGCGGUCAUUCGCACAUAUGAAAGAGACGAUCAACUCAGAACGUCGCAGAGCCAAAGUUCGCGCAGCUAAUUGGGAACUGAGAUCCGACGAUUUGAUGUCAGACGGCACUAGCAUAAUGGGCGCGAGCGAACCUAUUACUCCCGUUAGCAUGACUCGAUUCGUUGAUGUCGAAGUUGGCCGGGGCAAGGACCGGCGGCGGGUGGACAGUGGAAUCGGCUUUCUAGCUGACGAAGUCCUGAAAGACAAUGACCUUUCGAUUAUCGGGGCCGAUCUCGGCUCUGAUUAUGCGCUCCCGUCAGAUUUGGUCUAA